AAUAGUCGUUAGUUGGGUUGGAGUCUUCGAGGCCGCCAGCUGUGUGUCAGGGAGGGAGUUACUGUGCUACCCGUAUGUCGGCAGAGAAUUUCACGGUGAACCUUCACAUCUCGGAAGCAUAGUGCUAAAUUUUUCAAUAUGUGAUUUAUCAAUGUCACUUGCUUUAAAAGCGAAGGAACCAGCCGCUUAAGAAAUUUUCAACGCCGUUAGACAGCAGUAACUACAAUAUUUGCUUUAUGACGAUGAAGUUUUGGCGAGUGAAUACGUUGCGCAGUAAAAAGGCGCAAUGCCGUUCUCCUCACGUAAUUAAGUGAAUUGUUCGUCUGUUUUUCUUCUUAUUUCACGGUGGUAGGAAAUUGUAUAAGCGGUUAUGUUCAGAUAAUUCUUUUGUCAUAUUUUAUCGAGUCACCCUCUUGAGGUUCUUCAUUUUGUUCAGCUCUCGCCACCGAUUAAUUCCUUUGGACUCCUUGUUCCUCCUCGUGUAAGUUAGCCGUCGAUAUUACACUAAAAUAAAAUGCAUUCUUACCACCCCUAACAAGUUUCAGUUUAUGAAGAACCGUAAUUGCAUUUAAAGUCGUGUGAAUCUUUACGAUUUCCCGAAUUCCAGUCAACGAAAUUAAACACUUACGUCAUCUGUAUGCCAUAUUCCUCAAGCUUAUGGUAACUACUCUAUCGUGGCAACCAGUGGUGUUACAAACAUAGGAGUAUGUGUGGUUCGUAAGAAUUAUUAACCGCUGAUUGGGAAAUGAACUGUAAUAUUGAAUAUAUUUGUGUCAUUUCUAUAUUUAUAUUUUAUCAUCAUGAACAUAACUUCUCCAGACAUGAAACUUCUAGCAAGUGUAUGGAUUCUUUAAUUCGUUGACGUCGUUUAGCACAAUCUGCGUGCCUAUGGACUGUUCUGUGCUCCCAUCCCGGUAAGCUGUGAAAGUGACGUCACAUUCCUUUCAUAUUUUACUUGUGUGUUCUAAAGAGAAGUUUGGAAAUCACUGUACUUUACGGACUAUUAUUUCACCGACGACGCGACGUCCGUCGACAAGAAGCAGCGUGCGACGGUGUGAGUGGAGGCCCUGGCUGUGCCAUGAGACAUGACGCCAAUGACGAAUCCGAUGAUGACGAUGACGACAAUGACAGGAAGGAACCUACUUCGCUCCUUGGGUACUCCCCGUCUGUGCGUUGUAUUGCUACUCUUGGUGGUCAUCGACCCUGUAUUCAGCGGGUACUCUUGGGGUCAUCCGAGCCGAGACUGGAGCCAGCAGGACGACGACAAAGUGACACCAGAAUUUGAAAUAGCAACGUCGAGCGUCACGGCAUUAGUCGGCCAGCCUGUAUAUUUGCCUUGUAGAGUGAGGAAUCUAAGGGACAGAGUGGUGUCAUGGAUCCGAACACGAGACCUUCACAUCCUGACUUCGGGCACGCUGACCUACACGUCUGACUCUAGGUUUGAAGUGCUACACGCGCCGGGCUCAGAAGUGUGGACUUUACGCAUCAUGAGCGCACAGCCGCGGGAUCAGGGGAAAUACGAAUGUCAAGUGAACACAGAUCCCAAGCUCAACUUCGCCGUCUUCCUCACUGUCAAAGAGACGGAUAUGGGGGAUUCUCCAUGGGACGAAGGACCUCCAGUCGCCUCGGGGGACGAGGCCGUCUCCGUCGCGGCUACAGCGAGCAUAAUGGGACCACGAGAGCUGUACAUACACCAGGGCAGCACGCUGACAUUCACGUGCGUUAUACCGGCGCCCUACACUCAGGGCUCUCGACCACCCCGCGUCGUCGAUUGGUUCCACUCCGGCCGCCCCGUUUCCAUACAGGAGAACACACGGAGGCAAUGCAGAGAGAUGGAGAUCAUUCGCAGGCAUCUUGCAUCUCCAGACAGCCACUUCAGCACGUGUUACUCCUCCUUGUCUUCCUCAGAGCUCUGUGGCUCAUGGCCGCCACAUGAAGACACGGUCACGAUAUUGCAGACCUUCCUAUACGGGUUAAUUUCUGUUAAAAUAGCGACAAAUGCUUAUAAUUACGGUAAAGUCUGUUUCAUAGCGUAUAAUUGAACAGUCGUUAUGAAGUAUGAUGUGUAUUACUUAUCUUCCUUCAUGUUGUGUGUCCUCCACAGAUGUUAUCCGAAAAGUUUUAGUGUUGUUCAGACGCAGAAGCGAGAUACUGACACUUAUGUUAAUGGUUAUGAGUACAGAAACAGCAAGGUUACCCCAAUGGCAUUCCCAUAUCCUACAUCACAUAAGAAGUCAACGUCAAUAAACACGAAAUGCAGACAUGAAACAUUUUACUUUAACAUCAUUACUUGAACAGUAUCACUAAUAUCUAUUCAUUGAUUUGAAAUUUAUAAUUAAAAUAAUGUAAACAAUUUAAAGAAAAUUUACAACAAGAUUCACACACCUGAGUUCACAUAACAGUAAAUGUGAAAUCCAUUUCUUGUGUUGCCAACAGACAAAUCUGUCCAGUCCUUUAGAGAAAUUUACUGAAGUGAAGUUAAUUCUUGAAAACGCAAAGCGAUAGAUGAAACAGCGUAAAUUAAGUUAUUGUAAUUUCAUUUACCAACAUUUUCAGAACGGUCUACUCCGUUAUAUUGGGGUAAAACAUAUGGAAUAUUGUACAUACCUAAUAAUCAUUUAAAGCAAUCCACUUUCUUGGACCUAUAAAUGCGAACAUUAGGGACAGAGCGUCCCAGUCUACAAAGCCUAUUGGUGUGUGAACCACAGGAUACCUCAAUUUACAAACUACCAGAAAGAACUGUUUCUUCAGGAAUACGUACCUAACAUAUGAAAUGUACAUUUAUUUGUAUAUGUAUAAGAUGACUGCCUAAGUUUUGUGAAGAAGCAUUAUACAUUGCACGAAGAUUAUAUCGGGCAUAUUCUGUUA